CUAACCCCCCUUGCCAAGCUUCGGCGCGUGCAAGCUUCCCACGAACCCCGGCCGCCACCAUGGCCGACGUCGACAUGGACGAGCUCCCACAGACCCCGCGCUCCGCCGCCGGGGACGACGACCUCUCCAUGUUCUCCGGCGAGCCGGACCUCGCGGCGGCCAUCCUUGCCCGCCUCGGCGGCUCGCCGCGGGAGGACGACCAGCACCUCUGCGCCACCGCCGCCGCCAUGGCGCAGGCCGUGAACGACCGCGGCGUCGCCGCCACCACCGUCGCCUACUUCGCAGCCGCCUCCGCCGCGCUGGCCCCGCUCGCGCGCGCGGGGCCCGGGGCCGCCGACCGCCACGUCGCGGGCGCGCUCCUCGCCUUCCUCUCCGCGGCGGUGCCCGCGCUCCCGCCCGCCGUCGUGCGUGCCCGCGGCCGGGAGGUCGCGGACGACGUGGCGCGCGUGCUCGAGUUCCCUUCCACGCCCGACUCCGGCGUCAGGGCGGGGAUCAGGUGCCUCGCGCAUUUGAUAUCCGCGGGAGAUAAGGCCAGCUGGGAGGCAGUGGAGCCGCUAUACGCUGUGGUUCUACGGCUCGUUACCGAUCACCGGCCAAAGGUGCGAAAGCAAUCUCAUGCUUGCUUGCGAGACAUUCUCUUAAGUUUCCAGAGACAAGCUGUUUUGGUUCCGGCGAGCGAAGGAAUAGCAAGAUGUUUUGAACGAUUUUUGCUGCUUGCUGGAGGAUCCAAUGAUGUAAAUACAGGUUCAGCAGCAGAAGGACCAAAGGGGGCUAAGGAGGUCUUGUAUAUUUUGAAUGCUCUGAAGUGCUGUCUUCCUCUGAUGGCAUCCAAGCCUUCCAAUACAAUUUUAAAGUAUUUUAAAGCACUUUUGGGUCUCCAUCAACCAAUUUUGACAAGGAACAUAUUGGAGAUUCUUCAUGCUGUUGGUGACAGUCCAACUCUACAGCUUAAGCCUGAUGUGCUAUUGGAUCUUAUGUGCUCUUUGGGGUUAUCGGUCUCCACAGAAAGAAAAUCAGGAGAUGAACUGGCUUCAAUUGCACAGCUUCUAAAUAUUGGCACUAGGAAAGUUUACAGUCAGAAUAAGAACAUAUUUAUUGUAAAGCUCCCGUUAGUAUUUACUUCGCUUGCAGAUAUACUGGCAAGUGAAUUUGAAGAAGCAAGGUUUUCUGCUGUGGAAACUUUCAAAGGAUUAAUAGAUAAUUGCAUUGAUGAGAACUUGGUGUCCCGUGGCAUUACCCAGAUUAAGGCUAGACGUCAAGGGUUGAAGUCUGAUCCCACCGUCAUAGAGAAGAUAUGUGUUAUCCUAGAGGGCCUGCUAGAUGUCCGCUACAGUGAUGUCUGGGACAAAUCAUUUCAUGUAAUUUCAGUGGCAUUUGACAAGUUGGGUGAGUCUUCAUCUGACCUAUUGCCAGAAGCACUUAGGAACUUGGCAGAUAUGCAGAACUUGUCAGAUGAUGACUUUUCUUUCCGGAAGCAGCUCAAUGCAUGUCUUGGUUCAGCAGUUGCUGCAAUGGGACCAAAGAAUGUCCUUGAUAUUCUACACAUUCAGUCAAUUUGUGAUGAAAAUGAAUGGAUUCUACCUAUCUUCGAAAGGCACAUUAUUGGUGCUAGUUUGCAAUUUUUCUUGAGAGAUAUUCUAGGCAUUGUUAGAGCUGUGGAGAAGACUAUUCCCAAGCUUUUAAAAGACGACAAGCUUUUCUCCGCCAAGAGAGCAGAAGGUUAUGUGUAUUCGCUUUGGUCUUUGUUACCAUCAUGUUGCAACUAUCCAUGUGAUACUUCAAGCAAUUUCGGAGUUCUACAGAAUGUUCUAUGUGACACUCUCCAGAACCAGCCUGACUUACGCGGUAUCAUUUGUUCCAGUAUUCAGAUUUUAAUUAAACAAAACAAGGAAGCUUUGUCGGCCACUAAAGGCGAUGAUAUUCUUGUUGAUGAUGAAGCAAGCAAAUCGGAAAAAAGAGCGAAGGAGCGCUAUACCAAAGGGAUAGCAGAAGAAAACUUGAAAGCGAUUCAGGCUUUCUCUUCAAAGUUUUUGGAACUAUUAUGUUCUAUAUUCUUGUCAUCCUCCAAGGACUCUAUUGGAUUCUUACAGCCUGCGAUAAGUGAGAUAGCAUCCAUAUCAGACAAAGACGUAGUUGGCAAGUUCUUCCUUGAUGCAAUGAGGAAGUUGCUGGAUGCGACAAAGGCUGUCAAUGCACAGCAAGUGGAUGACAGUUCAAUGCAGAUUGAAGACGGUUCUAAUACAAAUAACAUGACGAGGGCUCUCCGUUUGGACUUUGCCGCUUCUUUAUUGCCUGGAUUAGCUGCAAAGUCUAUCAAUGUGCUAUUCAGUUAUGUAAAACCUGCAAUUAAGGAUAGUGACUCGUUGGUUCAAAAAAGAGCAUACAAGGUUCUCUCAAUGCUACUUAAGGAUGCUGAAUUUCUUGAAAGAAAUUUAGAUGUCCUGUUGGAUUUGAUGAUUUCAUCGUUGCCAUGUCAGUUUCCAUCGAAACGGUACAGGCUUGAAUGCCUCCACCACCUUAUUGUUUACAUUUUGAAGGAUCCAUCUAAGCUUAGGAAGAGGGAAAUUGUCAGUUCAUUCCUCACUGAAAUACUUCUCGCCUUAAAGGAGGCCAACAAGAAAACCAGAAACAGAGCUUAUGAUGUGCUUAUUGAAAUUGGCCGUGCUUGUGAAGAUGCUGAAAAUGAUGGGAGGAAGGACAGCUUGUACCAGUUCUUUGACAUGGUAGCUGGUGGUCUGGCUGCUCAAACUCCACAUGCGAUUAGUGCUGCUGUGACUGGGUUAGCUCGCUUGACCUAUGAGUUCUCAGAUCUUAUUGGAGUAGCGUACAAGCUGCUCCCUUCAACUUUUCUGCUUAUGCAGAGGAACAACCGAGAACUUGUCAAAGCCAACUUAGGUUUUAUCAAAGCAUUAGUUGCUAAAUCUAAAGCUGAUGUGUUAGACGAGCACUUGAAGGGAGUCGUUGAGGGUCUGCUGAGCUGGCAAAGUGAUAAGAAGAAUUCUUUAAAAGCGAAGGUUAAGUCACUCGUGGAAAUUCUCGUGAAGAAAUGCGGUUUAGAUGCGGUGAAGGCUGUGAUGCCCGAAGAACAUAUGAAAUUGCUGACCAAUAUCAGAAAGAUUAAUGAGCGGAAAAUGCGCAAGGGAAAUUCGUCUGAGGAUGGGGAGGCCAUGUCGCUGACCUCACGAGCUACAAGGCAAAGUGGGUGGAAUCACACACAGAUGUUUUCAGAUUUUGGAAGUGAUGAGGAUGACUCUAAUGGUGCCUUUUCCAAGCAGCAUACCGUUACUUCUCGUCAAGGAUCAAAAGCUUCAACACGGUAUAACCGGAAGCGCCAAGAUAAGAACUUAAUGGAAAAGUUCAUUGACCACUCGACCGGCGAGCCCCUGGAUUUACUUGAUCAGAAGACAAUGAGGCUGGCUCUCAAAUCGACAGUGCCAGGAAGAAAGAGGGCUGCACCCGAUGACGAUGACGAUGAGAUGGAGUUGGACCCUGAAGGUCGUAUAAUUGUGCGUGACGAACAUGAAAGACGUAAAAAGAAGCCCGUCUCCCAUGACGACGAGCCUGAUGACAAGAGCUCCGUCAGAAGCCAGUCGAUGAAGAGGAGGAAAACGGCAGACUCCGGUUGGUCCUACACUGGCCAUGAUUAUACCAGCAAGAAGGCCGGUGGUGAUCUGAAGAAGAAAGACAAGAUGGAACCAUAUGCUUACUGGCCACUAGAUCGGAAGCUGCUCAACCGCAGGUCGGACCGCAAGGCGUCUGCGCGCAAGGGCAUGGCCAGUGUCAUGAAGAUGACGAAAAGGCUUGAAGGGAAGAGCGCUUCUGGUGUCCUUGCAGCUAAGAAGGCGCAAAAACGCAAACAGAAAAAGAACAAGUAAGAGAGUAGUGGAAAUUAGGGAUAGGAAAAGCUUUUGGUAUAUGAGCUGACCAGUGGCGUCGGAUCAAAAUUUUGUUGCUGUAUAGCGUGAGUUGGCACUUGUAGUUUGCGCCUGUUGUGGCCUAUUUAUCAGGGUAUUUUUUUUCUGCGACGGUUUACUGGACGCACUAUACCAUUUUUGGUAUUUCAAUACCAUCGUUGUUACUAUUUGUAUUA